UUUUUUUUUUUGGUUCCUUCCAAACAAUGCCUUGUCACGUCCCUUCCCAUUCCAUUUCCAUGUGCCUACUACUACUCAUAGCUCCACCACCACUGCCAAACCCCCAUUUCAAUCACUAGGGUUUUCAAUUUGUAUUUAAUUAAUUUAUUUUCUGUACGUCUUAGGAAAAUAAUUAAAGAACGAAAAACUUUUUUCCCCAAUUUUUAAUAUGGAAAAUUGUCAACAAGUAGAAUCCGCCAUGGCUAUGUUGAAACCUUGUGGUGAUGUUAGGGAUAAAGGUAAUAGUUUGAAUCGCGAUCAAUGCCAGGAGGUUCCGGAUUUGGACGAUUCGCAAAAGCUCGUUGGAAAAUCUGACGUGGCGGUUAAUGGAGUCAAAGUUGUUGAGAUGAGCGUGGGGAAGCGCCGGCGGGGAAGGCCGCCUAGGAAUCAGGCGACGGCCGUUUCAUCAUCGGCGCCUCCGCCUCAAAGGAACAAUAACGAUGAAGAAGAUGUUUGUUUUAUAUGCUUCGAUGGCGGGAGUCUCGUGCUUUGUGAUCGCCGAGGCUGUCCUAAGGCAUACCAUCCAACCUGUAUCAAAAGGGAUGAGGCGUUCUUUAAUUCAAAGGCGAAAUGGUACUGUGGGUGGCACAUAUGUAGCACUUGUCAGAAGGCUUCAUAUUAUAUGUGCUAUAUGUGUACAUAUUCCUUGUGCAAGGAUUGCACUAAAGAUGCUGAUUAUGUGAACGUAAGAGGAAAUAAAGGAUUUUGUGGAUUGUGCAUGAGAACUAUAAUGCUGAUUGAAAACACUGCCUUAGGAACUAAGGAAAUGGUUCAAGUGGAUUUUGAUGAUCAAACUAGUUGGGAGUAUCUUUUCAAGGUGUAUUGGACUUUGUUGAAAGAGAAGCUAUCAUUAAGUUUAGAUGAGAUUAUUAAAGCUAAAAAUCCCUGGAAAGAAAUUGCUACCAUGGAAAGGCCUUUUGAAGACCUAGGAGCUAGUUAUUCGAAGAGAAGAAAAACGAUGAAACAACAGAAGCUUUUGAACAAAGUUGAAUCUCCUGACGGCACAAUUGGGGCUGGUGAGAAGGGACACACAAAAGAAUAUCCUUCGUUGCUUGGCAGGAAGGAAAAGGAGCUGGCCUCUCCACUAAAGGGAGGUGAUGUCUUGAGUGAUAUUGGAAGCAGAGAAACUAGCAUAGCAGUUCAUUCUACAGAAAUGGAGUUAUCUGUAAAUAAGAUUGAGACAGAUAAAAUAUGGCACUAUCAAGAUCCACUUGGGAAAAUUCAAGGGCCAUUUCCUAUGGCAAUGUUACGUAGAUGGAGCAUGAGUGGUCAUUUCCCACCUGGUUUGAGAAUAUGGAGAGCAAAUGAAAGGCAAGAGGACUCCACCCUCUUAACUGAUGCUUUGGAUGGGCGGUACAGCCAAGUGCAACAACUGCUUCAUAACAGCUGUGUACCAACUGAGGACGAAAGGGAUGGAGAUAUUAGGGAGAGUUGGGAUCUGAAUGUGGAUCAGGUGGAAAGUAAACAAGUAGAAGGGUGCUCGAACUCAAUGCAGAAUAAUGCGAAUGGUCAUUGUUGUGGUAACAAUGAAUCUGCAAAGAGCAAAGAAUUGGGCUCUCAAUCUUCUUCUUGCACCACUCCCGUACAUACGGUCACUUCCAGUACAGUACAAACAGGAAGUCCUGUGCCACAUUGGGAGCCUCUGAAGGGUGAUAAUUACUUCCCUGGCCAGCCUCGAGUGAGUAGUUCACGUCCCUCAUCUACAUUAUCUGCAAAACUAUGUGAAACGCAGUCUCUUCAAGUUAUCAGAGGUCAUGGGGUUGAAAAAUGGGACCGUGGUUCCAUUAACAUUAACGAAAAUUUGAACGAGACCUCUGAAGUUCAAAUUAUUGCUGGAAAUGUGAAGCAAGAAGAUAGUGAGGGAAAAUCUGGCAAAUCUUGUGGGCAAAGCUGGAGGUCACCUUUAAAUGAUGCUUUAAAUGGAUGGGAUUCCAAUUGUGGUCUCAUUUCUCUGGCUAGGGUUCUUGAAGCAGCAAAGCACAAUCAUGAUAUUGAUUUCCCAGACUUUCCUACCUCGACAUCAAAGUUGAACCACAAAGACUCAGAACCCCAGGCUACUAAAAGCAAACAGUCUCUUUCUUCAAGUGCUCAUCAUCAGGAUUCAGGUCCUAGUUGGAGCACAGCUUCUAGUCUAGUGGGUAAUGGACCACAGCUUUCUGAAGCAGCUGGUGAAUGGGGUGGGUAUUCCUCCACCCCAGCGAAACCUUCUGUGGAGGAAUGGGACUCUGAUCUUGUGCCCAACUCUUCACUGAAACAAACUAACCUGGGAAGUGAUCAUGCUGCUACUCCAACUUCUGGAACUGGCCAAAGGGCACAUUCUUCUCCCACAGAUCCUGCAGAAAAUGCAUCUGGUUGGGAUUCAAUUGUUCCUGAACCUAAUGAGUAUUCUUUUGGUGAUGAGUCAGUUUCUGAUCUCUUGGCUGAAGUUGAAGCGAUGGAGUCUCUUAAUGGAUUGGCGUCACCUACAUCAAGUUUACGCUAUGACAGAGAGUUGGUUCACGGUGCUGAACCUGGUUGUUUUUGUCCUGUAGGAGGAUUUAGCCCUGCACCUGAUCCAGGAAAAAAUGAUGCUUUGAGCUCAACAAAUGAUCUAGGAAUGCCAUCUGCGUCUACUUUGACCAAUGAGCCAAUUGGGGUCUCUUGGUCUGAAGUUCUUGAUGCUCGGAAGAGUUCUGGUUGGCAUUCUUCCACGAGUGCUGAAAUGGAUGAAGAUAAAUGGCCCAGCGAUGCCUCUGUUAACCGAUAUGAAGCUGGUUCAGACAUGCAGGUUCCUGCCCCACUGGCAACAUGGUGCAUGGCUGCUGUAGACACCACUUGGAGAGCAGGUUGAGAAACUACAGGAACCAACUGGGAAGCCAUUCAGGGAACUCCAAUUUUUCAUUCUGGAGGUUUAGGUCAAGGAACGAGGAGUAUUGGUUGGGGAAAUAGUCAGGGAACAUUCCAGGACAAUGAAAGCAUCAACUCAGGCACUUAUUGGGGAAGCCAACAGAGGUAUGUCAGUUCAAGAGGCCCUGAUUUUCUGGCCAAAGAUUCAAGUUAUAGUAGGGAUAGGAUCUUAAUGCAUAGGCACUCAAACUACGGUGGCCCUCCUCUGAAUGGAGUCGAUACCUUCAGAGCUCCACCCAAAGGGCUACGGAUUUGUAAAUUUUAUGAACGGGGAGACUGCAAGAAGGGAGCAUCAUGUAGUUGUUGGCAACCCUUGAUAAGGUAAAGCACAGCAAUUCUGUGCAUUGACUGUUAGUUUAUUCUCAAAAUUUAAACCGUGAGCUGUAACAGUAGUGUAUCAUUCAUUAUUCAAGUCGGGCACGAUAACAAUACCAUAAGAUUCUACGCUUAUAAACAAAUAAAACAAUACCUUACCUGUGGCAAAGUAGGUAGCCUAAGCGUUAGAUUUUCUAAUUUUGUGUAUUUUAUUGUAUUAUAUAAGUUUUGACAUUUAUGGGUACAAGGAAUUGAUUCUUAUGCCAAAGGUGAGUGGAUUGGUAGAA